GCCAUUUCCGCCGUUUAACAAUCUCGCAGGUCUUCGCUAAUCCUCACGUAGUCACCACUCACCACCAAACAAUGGACCCGGAUUUGUCCGAACCCGGAACCCCACCCGAAAUCGGUCCCGCCACCGUAGAAACCGCCGGCACUGGCGGUUCCGAUGCCGAAGAAACCGCCAUGGUCGAGUCCAUCACCGGCGGAGCUUCCGUACCAGAAGCGACCACCUCGGAAUCUGCCGCAUCACAAAUCACCGCCUCCGCCUAUCUGCAGCCGGAGUGCUCAGGCUCGCUUGACGAUCUGGCUCGCGAUCUCGACUCGCUCCACGAACUCGCCACGCGGGGCUCCUGGCAAGCCAUUCUCGACAAGAUGGCUCAAGCCAGAGCCGCUUCGCUCCUCUCCAAGCCUCACGAGGAUCUCACCUAUCUGACUUUCCAAGUGCUGGCUCUCACGAAGCUUCGUCGGUCCGCCGACGCGGCUCAGGAGCUCAAUUCAUUGCACGAUUUCGACGGCCCGCAUUACAGGUACGAGUCGUACCCUGAGAUCUACCCGAACCGGACUGGAUCCAUGGUCCCUUUCUCUCUCCGGUGGCUUUAUGCUUUGAUUCCCACCAAGCUCGGUAACCGUCAGGAAGGUUUAGAUCGGUUGUAUAUUUUACUGGAUUAUGUUCGCGAGAGAAUCAGGGAGAAAGAAUCCAAAAAUUUAGAUGCGUCUGUGGAUAUGUGGAAAAGAAGGGAAGUUUUUGUGAUGAAUUGUUUGAUAGGGUUCCAUUUAGGUCACAAGGAAUUUGGGGUUUCCUUGGAUUUGAUCAAGGAAUUGAUUAGUCGUGAUCCGAUGGACCCAGUGUUGAUUUCGAAACUAGGAUAUGUUCAGAUGCAGUUUGGUGACAUAGAAGGAGCGAAAUGCACGUUCAGUCGAGUUGAGAAGAUGAUGAAUGAAGGAAAGAGCCAUGGAUUACUGGACGAGACACAGUUCAAGAACCUUGUGGGUAGGAAUAAGGCUUUGGUCUAUCUGGUGGGGAAGGACUAUGUUUCGGCAGUGAGGGAGUACGAGGAAUGCAUGGAAAGAGAUAAUUCAGAUGUUGUCGCGAUCAACAACAAGGCGCUAUGUUUGAUGUACUUGAGAGAUCUGUCUGAUGCGAUUAAGGUGCUGGAGAAUGCGUUAGAGAGAGUGCCAACCAUGGCUUUGAACGAGAGCCUGGUGGUGAACUUGUGCAGUAUGUACGAGUUGGCCUAUGUGAAUCACACCGAUAUCAAGCGGACGUUGAACAAUUGGAUUGCCCGUGUUGCUCCCGAUGACUUUGAUUCAUCUUGCACCAGGGUUUGAAGGUAUAUUAUUAUUCCCUCGCUUCCUCUUCUAUCCGUUGUCCAGGCUUCAUGCACAUGGAUAGCUAUGGUAUAAUGCCUUCUGCAAGUCCUAAGAGUCAUGAAGGUAACUAGAUAAGGGAUGUGUCUUGCAUCAUUGUCCUCGACUUCCUUUUGUUCUGUCUGUUUCCAUGAGGAUGAUGGGGAUGGAAUAAAACCUAAAGCAAUAGCUAUAGACCUGAACCAGAUCAUUCAUGGCUGCUGGCUUUAUGUUCAUAUCUUGGCAUUGUUCGUCAAUUUCAGUUCAAUUCAUAUCUCUAGCGUUCAAAAUGCAGAGCUUCAGCUAAGCAAAGGUCCGCCCCUUUGAAGGUAGUUCACAAGUUCUUCAAAGACAGUUUUUUCAGUUUUUGGUUAGAUUCAGCCCCUUCUAUCGGUUGUUGUUGGAACUUGGAAACUCUUCUUCUUGUUGCACCAUUUUGUACACCCCAUAUAUAUCAUUCGUCAUUUUUACCUUA